UUCAUCUAUACGCAGUUUUCUUCACGUUUGUUGGGCAGGCUCCUGCUGAGUAUUUCUAGAGAUGACUGUGCUCACUGUCACUUCUGAUUUAUUUGCACUUGUUCGGCUUCGGAAGACCCGAUCUGCGAGCGUGGGAGUAAAAUAACGAGCAAUAAGAGCACUACUUACCGGCAAAAGCAUUGUUUAUCGUUCCUAGAAGCCUGAUGUGAGUCCUUGAGGUUGGUAGGACAUUCUCAUUAUGGCAACUCCUGCCUCCUCUUCUUCGCUGGCGGGAACAUCAAUCAUGUUUUUCCCCAGCGGCCACGCAAUGGCGCCACCGCAGCCAACAAGCGGCCAGCACGGAUCAUUUUCCUGUGGCAGUUCUGGUUCUUCGGGGAGCUGCCCGGCGGAGAUGUUGACGUAUGAGUCGGUACAUGCUCAAAUUUCCGUGUUCGAGGAAAUGGUGGAAAACCGAAGGCUCGCGAAGCUCAUCGAAAUGGACGACCACGUGGGCGUCUCCUUCCACCUGGCCACCGGGAUCUGCCUCGCGUCGACCAUCUUUUUCUUUGCGCAGGUAGCCUUCGUACCCGAUCGAUGGAGGAAUUCCAUGGUGAUCGCAGGGCUGGUUACAGGUAUAAUUGAGAUUGAAGAGCAACUCGCUUCAUUUUUUUUUCCUGGAAGAUCAAGAUUGUCUUUUGCGGUAGUCUACUAACCAGCCAGCAGGACAGAGAAAGCUUGAUUAGACACCACAAUGAACAAAUAGCGGUGCUUUAUAUAAAUGACAAAAUGAUGUUGAAAAUGAUAAUGAAGGUGUGGCCUGGCAUCACUACCAACACAUGCAAGAGAUCUGGGAAGACACGUCAAAAGCCCCGACCAUUUAUCGCUACAUGGAUUGGUUUGUGACCGUGCCCCUCCAAGUGAUCGAGUUUUACCUGAUCCUUGUCGCCGCGAACCCAGACGACAACAUUUCCGUCCCCGCUUCCCUGUUCUACCGCCUCCUGAUCGGCUCCAUUUUUAUGCUGGGCUUCGGGUACGCGGGCGAGGCCGAGUGGAUGGACCGGUGGGGGGCCUUUGCCGCGGGCUGCUGCUGCUGGGCGUACAUUAUGUACGAGGUAAGUACGAGGAAACAAAGAUCACUAAAUUUCUUUUCAUGAAUCACUUCUGUGGGUGUGCUCUCGUCGUGCUGCGGCACCCUGUUGCAUUAAUGACUUGUUUUAUAUGCUUUGUACAAGCAUUUCGAAUUACUCUAAAACGAAAUCGCAAACGAACAAUAUUAAAAGAAUAACUUCACACAGCACAUGAAACACAGAUUUCCUUUGGCGAGGCCGCUCGCAUUUCCGGGAAGAUGGGGUUGACCGACCGCGAUCUGUUCCUGCGCUUUGUUUCGGGCCGCACCAAGGAGGACCUCGAGGAAGAAAAGGAAAACGAAAAAAUCAUCCAGCAAGCCAAGAACGUGAAAGCCGCUGAGAUGAUGAAGAUGAGCAGCGACAUUCACACACCCUCGCUGUUGACCACUUCGGACAACAUGCUGCAAGACAGCACUGCAGUGUCGAUGGACGACAACUUCAUGCAGGAGCACAAAAAAAUCAUGGAGCAGAUGGAUUUUUCCAUCUCCUCCCCGUCCACAAACAACAAAACCGCAUCAAAGAAAGGAGCCCAGCAGGGUGGUUCUGGUUCUCUCUCCUCGCCCAAAAUAAACAACGGUCCGCCGUCGGGGCAGAACCAGACCCUCGCGGGAGCACUGGUGACCAGCAUGUCCUCCGCCUUGCGGGUGGACCAGGUGAAUGCCGAUUCCGUGGCGAUGCAGGACUACAAGAAACCGGAGGCACAGCUGGCCUUUGAAAUUCUGCGGGCGAUCUUCAUUUUCGGCUGGGCACUCUACCCCAUUGGAUAUGCGGUGAAGGGGGACGGAACCAAUAUUACGCAGGGGGUGGAGAACACGUUGAAUGGUAUCUAUGAUAGGAACUUACUACAAUAGUUCAUCUGGGGUCUACAUCUACUACCUUUUGUGCAAGUAGUGCAAUGAAAAACAAUAAGUUUCCUUUGCAUAGUUGUAUCAAAUGAAAAUAGAAACAACUUUACAGCCGUCUACAACGUGGCCGACUUGAUCAACAAAGUGGCCUUCGGUGGGGCAAUCUAUUACGCUGCCUGUUCGAACGUCGAGGCCGAGAAGGCCGAACUGUACGCGUUGCGCGAGUCGUUAGACCUGGAGAUAUCGCGAGAAAAAAGUGUUACAGUUACACAUUUGUUGGAGCUCUUUCUGCAUCACAAAUUUUCUCUGUGUGGCAGAGAAAACUUGUAAUGCGAAGAUCAUAAGGGAAAACAGGAAGGAAAUGAGGCUGCCAAGCAUUUCCUGCAUGAGAAAGGUUGUCUGUGUUGCCGGUCUUGCAACACAAUCUGUAACUGUAACACUUUUUUCUUACGAUAGGAGAUGACGCAAAAGCAGUGGCUAAAAAAGCAGGCGAACGGCGGCGAAAUAGAAAUGGCGGAUUGGUACAAGGUAUCAAGUGUAAAAAUGUCUGGGUCCUCUGGAAGAUUGCCAGACUUGUCAUGCAUAUUUUGCAUGGCCCCUGAUGGCUGUAAUGCAUGGCCUAGCAUCACAUAUUUCUAGAAGGCUUCCUGAUAAGUACCUAUUCUGCAUGAGAAAUGCCCUCUCCGUGUAGACCAAACUGGGCUCCUCUUGCUGGUCAUGCAAUACAGAUUUUUUUCGAAUCCGAAGACAGCGUUGGGGCGACUUGCCGUGGUAGCGCUCGGCUUUUGUAUGUUGAGGUCGCCGAAAGUGCUUCCUCGCCCACCCCCCGGGGAGGGGAUCCUUGACCUGUGGCGCUGGGUGCGGGUGUCCACUACAUGAUGAUGAUGACAGCGUGACAAGUUGCAAUCUUCCAGACCCAGACAUUUUUUCAAUCCAUACACGGCGAAGUUGAUCAAGCAAGCACGGAAGGAACAAAUGAUCGAGCAGAAGAGAAUGUGGUACAGUGCUGUAGUAGUGUUGAUUUCAUUUCUACGUCCUUCGUCCUCGUCGAGUUUUCUUUUUUCGUACUUUCCGAUUAUUGAGAAACACUAGUACAAGUACAACAAGCAAGUACAGCCCACCAUCUUAAUGUGACACCACACUACCACCAGGAAAGCCAUGUUCGCAAGUGGUGACGAAGGUGCCGCAGCGAAUUAGGCGGCAGGAAGAACGGGAUGCUGUGGGGUUUGUGGGGGAACGUGAGAUGUACGGACUCCGGUCUUCGAAAAGCGAAACUAGUCUACAAGAAAGAGCGGCUCAAAACUAAAGAAAGAGAAAGCCGAAUGACGACAGAACGAUCUGUUUAGCUGUUAUACAUUACAAUCAUCAAAGUGCUGAAAAGUUUUACAUGGAACACUGAGAUUUAGCGCACUAUGUAUUAGUACAAAUAGAAAGGAAGAGGAAGAGCAACAAGCCUGGCGAAUAGCAACGCCAGCCUGCUUACAAAGGCUCUGUAUCGGUAUCGCAGGUAUUCAUUCAGAGGCUGCAAAAGUCUCUUUGCGUAUCGAUCGAUUUUAUGGCGAAAGUAAGGUUGUACCACUAAAACAGUAGUGCUGUACAUAGCAAGUCUAGACCUCUCCCUGCAUGAGUAGAAGUGUAUAGGAAUAAGUCCUUGUGCAGGCUACAUCCCUGUACAAAAACAAGAGCCAAGGCCUACUGCGAACUCGAUCGAGCAAAUACAUGUUUUUAGCCGCGGCGCAUAAGGUACCACAAAAAGGAAAAGCAAACAAAUGCUCACGCUGACCAAUUCAAUGUGCAAGACCAAGACUGUGAACACAAC